UGCUGUGUCCCUCGGACACAGCGGAUCACUGAUCACAGAAAGAGCCGAAGAUGUCGGCUCGCUCAUGUGAUCAGCUGUGUCCAAUCACAGCUGAUCACAUGGGACAUGUACACUGAUCAUCAAAGCACUGAUGAUCAGUGUGCCCUGAUGAUCAGUGUAGCCCCAGCAGUGCCUCGUGCCAGUGCUCAUCAGUGCCUCGUGCCAGUGCUCAUCAGUGCCACAUCAAUGCCACAUAUCAGUGCCUACCAGUGCACAACAAUGCCACAUAUCAGUGCCCAUCUGAGCUGCCUUUCAGUGUCACCCAUCAGUGCCAGUCAGUGCCGCCUAACAGUGCCAGCCAGUGCCGCCUAACAGUGCCAGCCAGUGCCGCCUAACAGUGCCAGCCAGUGCCGCCUAACAGUGCCAGCCAGUGCCGCCUAACAGUGCCAGCCAGUGCCGCCUAACAGUGCCAUAUAUCAGUGAUGCCUGUCAAUGCCCAUCAGUGCCACCUACCAGUGCCUCCUCAUCAGUGCCCAUCAGUGCCACCUAUCAGUGUCCAUCAGUGCAGCUUAUCAGUGCCAAUCAGUGCAGCCUCAUUAGCGCACAUCAGUGAAGGAGAAAAAUCUUAUUUACAAAAUUCUAUAACAAAAACUAAGAAAAAACAUUUUUUUUUUCACAAUUUUCAGUGGUUUUUGAUUCAAGAAAAAAUAA